CGCUGCAACAGUCCCGAGGCGCCCCCACCGCCGCGCUCCCCUCGCUGCGCGCCCGCUGGCUCCGGAUGCCGGGAGCUGUCAGCCUGUAGCGCGCCGCGGAGGAGGCAGCUGCAGCCGGUUGUUUAUCCGGAGGAGGCGGGGAGACUGGAAACUGCCCGUUUGUCCCAUUUCCUCUCCCUCUGUGAGUGUGUGAGCGAGUGUAUGGUCCCCCCCCCUUACUUGCUCCAGCCCUGGAUUCUCCAUGUUGGACCCGAUCUGAGGAGCCCUAGACGUUGCAUGCCGCCGACUCCCGGGCUGUUGCCUUUGAAAGGAGAAACGGACGCCACCCUUUCCCUCCGGCUUCCCCACCGCGGCUCUCCCCCCCCACCCCUCUUCCUCCUCCUCCUCCUCCUCCCUGGACACUUCCCUCCUCUCCCCCCCCCUCCUCCCUACCAAAGGAUCCCCAGGGUCUGCGGGACUGUUAGAUGGAAAGCCGGUCUAUCAUCACCCAAGUGCAGAGGGAGGAAGCCUUGGUGCUCUCCAAACAAGUCUUGGUGUCCAAAUCGUCCCCAAAGAAGCCUCGUGGCCGGAACAUCUUCAAGGCACUUUUCUGUUGCCUUCGCGCGCAGAAUGUCGGGCAGACGGCCUUCGGUGGAGAACAUGGUCCACACAAGGAGGAGGCCAGUACCAUUGCUAAGUCUGAUCUGUUGCAGCGUCUUCACUACCAGUUUUACCAGAUUCCUGGAACGUGUCUUCUCCCUGAGGUGACUCAGCGUGACAAGGGCAGAAUCUGUGUGGUAAUCGAUUUGGACGAGACCCUCGUGCACAGUUCCUUCAAGCCAAUCAACAAUGCUGACUUCAUAGUGCCUGUUGAAAUAGAGGGGACAACCCAUCAGGUGUAUGUUUUGAAGAGGCCGUUUGUAGACGAGUUCUUGAGGCGGAUGGGGGAGCUCUUUGAAUGUGUGCUCUUCACGGCUAGUCUGGCUAAGUACGCUGACCCUGUGACUGACCUGCUGGACAAGUGUGGCGUCUUCCGAACCCGCCUCUUCCGGGAUUCGUGCGUGUUCCACCAGGGAUGUUACGUUAAGGAUCUCAGCCGGUUGGGUCGUGAUCUACGCAAAACCUUAAUCCUGGACAAUUCUCCUGCCUCCUAUAUCUUCCAUCCGGAAAAUGCCGUACCGGUGCAGUCGUGGUUCGAUGACAUGGCGGACACGGAGCUGCUGAACCUAAUCCCAAUAUUUGAGGAGUUGAGCGAAGCAGAGGAUGUGUAUACCAGCCUCGGCCAGCUGAGGGCACCCUAAAGCCCUCCAGUCCUGACUCCACCAGAGAACUUUUUUUUCACUCAGUGCCUUCAGUAGUGGCCCAGAAGUUUGGGGAGAAAUGUGCAGGUGUUCUCCCUGUGACCCCAGCCAAAGGCGGAUGCAAUGACUUUGGAGGCAAUAACCCGCCUGGCCACCUAGCAGAGAAGGACCGGUACAGUUUGCAACCAGAGUAUGGCUUAGACUGGUCAGCCUUCCACCCCAAAGCAGGGACAGAUUUGCCACUCCCCGUAGCUCUCAUAUCUAUGCACUGUGAGGAGGCAGGGAGCAAUCAAGAGGAUGCGCCAUUUCACCCGGGGCUCUGCUUUCUCCCUUUUCUAUUUGCUGCAGGAUAUUUCGCUUGGGUGUUGCUAGUGCAAAGCCAAACACUUGGGCUGAAGAUUUUUAAAGCUCCACGUCUUCUGCUUCUCUUGAGAAGCACAGCCUGACCCAGGCCUUGAGACACAGCCAUACAGGGCCUAUGUCAAGGCAAGAGGCCACUCCUUAGCUCUCCAGUACUUCCUUCCCAGCUGGGUGACUUCAUGUGGCACCUUGUUCUUUGAUCAGCUGAAUCUCUUGAAGGAAGGGAGAGGCUUUUCUUUGUUUUUGAUACCUGUCUACAGGUUAAGAAAAUCCCUGAAGCUUGAACUAUUUUUGUGAGGUCUCCUCCUUUCAAUGUUCCCCCUCCGAUUAAUCAAGCUCGCCCCUUCAGGGGUCUGAGUUAAUUAUGCCAUUGACUUUACUAUGUUUUGAGACACUGUCCUGUGUUUUGGUUAUGCCUCCAGGUGAAGAGCAACCCUUGUUGGUUCCCCCCAAACCCUCAUAUAUCAAAACAGUGGUACAGCAUAAGUAAAGUCACAAGCUUAGUCUAGAUUACUGAUUUACCAGCUAGCAACUCCUCAUCCCAAACUACACUCCAUCUUGGCUUCCGAUUUGCAUUACAGAUAUUCCCAGGUUCCUGCCCUAGUGUUGCUUCUCAGGGGACCAUGUAAUAUCUUUUGCCUUAAACUGCACCUGACUCGCAAGCCUCCACACAAAUGGGAACAUCGCAACGUUGUCAGUUCUUCCACUCUUGUUUGAUGUGGAUGUGUGAGCCCCCAAAGUAGGAUGUGACUUUUGCCCACAGCGGGCUUCCCUGCCACUUGUUUUACCUCCUUCGAUGGUGCCUGGGCACACCCAAUGUGGUAACCUGCUUCUCUCUCAGGUCUCGUUCCCGGCUCCAUCGCUGUAACUUGAAAGCCCAGUCCUUCGGGUGGCCUCAGGGAAUAAUGGACUAGUUAUCUUAAAAGCUAUGGGGAGUUGUUCCAUAUGCACUUGCAACCUGCUCCACGACUUUGCAUCUCUGGGGGACCAAAGGAAAAUACUGUAUCUCACUUUGUGUUUCUGUGCCCUGAAGUCGCUGACAGCAAGUGAACGUGCCUCAUAAUUUGGGGCGGGGGGAGUGGGCCGGUGUCAGGCAUUAUUUGAGGACUAGGCCCCAGCGACCUGCCUGGGACAGCCUGCACACAUCUGUCACUACGAUCUUCCUCUGCGUUUUUUUUUUGUGUGAAACCAAAAGCAGACGUUGGGGUGAGGUGGGGUGGGUGUUGUUAUUAACGUUUAUAUGUCACAACCACCUUUUCUACCCCUCCCGAUUCUGCUGGAUUUUUAUGGUACAGGCUGCCUUUCCUGUUCUCGCCUGUUGUGUUGUGAACAAAUGCUUUCAAAGUGCCAUGGUGGGUGUCGGAUGGAAUAUAACACUAAACCAGCUUGCUUUUCUUCUCCCCUUUCCUUCCCAUAAGCAAUAUAUUGUUGGUGACUCCAUGUUUAGUAAUUGGGUCUGGAGAGGGGGCCAGGAACCACACCUCAGUGCUGUUUUUCCCUCCCCUCCUCUCUCUGUGGGGCUGUUGCCUUACUGGCUCGGCUCCAGUAGGAGGCAGGGGUAGGUCAGUUCGUCAUCUGGAUACAGGAUGCCAGAUAGGACCAAACAUUCAUGACUUGCUGUUGGUCAGGUGAAAGAGGUUGCUCUUAGCCUGACCCAAGUGCUACUUGAAGAUUCAUCGUAGUUUUAAGUGAGCGGAUUGGCUGUUAGUCGACUUGUUGACUCUUGAGCGUGCAUGUGUGCACAUGUGUGUGUGUGUGGGGCUAGGCCUCAACCGGUGUUUGAGAGGCGCCUGCUGCUGCCUCCUCCUUCCACCCACCCCCUCAUCUGCUGGCCUCUCUUUCCAUCAGGCCUCACCCUCUCUUUGCCUCAGCUGGUGGGGAGGGUGGACUUGAAGUGGAGGGUGUCUCCGACUUUGCAAGAGGUCCCGGGAAAAAAGAGUUUAUUCUCAUUCAAUAAGCUGCUAUUUCUCUCCCAGGCAGAAAAUUGUUGCAAAGUUAAUGAGCGAUGGGAAGAACAAAAGCCCGUUGUUUCUCCUUCCUGGUUGAGGCCGUUGUCACAACUGUGGCUUUGUCACUUGAAGAGAAAUUGCCUCUUCUCUGCCCCUCCUGCCUGCUGGCAGCUGUCUGGACCUCUUCGCCAAUGUGAAACUGGCUUAUGCGUCCUUCGCUGUGCUAAGCUUCAGGCGUUCCACCUGGGGAGAAACGUUACACGACAAAUGACACACUCCAGCUGCGUCUUUCACUCCUCCUAGGCUGUCAGGAAGUGUCGUACGCUUGUCAGACCCACCCCAGCUCCAAAUGCCAGGCUAUGGUUAGACUGAAGUGACCGGGGUUCCUUCUCCAAAUAAAAUGGUAAAUCUGUGCCAUUACUGUGUGGCGGGAUUUGCAUGACGCCAUUUUUGUUGUUGUUAAUCUGAAGAAGUCCAAUGCCAGAUGAACUUGGAUACCAUUGCCGUUGUGUAUAAACUUGUUUUGUUGAAAAUAAGGUGGGAAAAGUUUGUCCGGUCAUGGUUUUCUUCAGAGCAUCCUGCUGCAGAGGGAAAACUUGGUUGGGUGAAUUCACUCUGAAGAGGCCGUCUGCCUCCUUGUCCGAAAGGCAUAUGCCCACUCCCCCCCCCUUCCACCUCCUUGCACAGACACACGCAUUCAGAUGAUCAGGCUUGCAAAGUUUAAUAGCCAUAAAUGGUAACCUGGGUCCAAUUGGCAAUUUUGGGAUUGUGCCUUGAUGAACCCCAGCUGGUGGUUAGGGUAAAAUAACUGGCCAGUAGGCUGCCCUAGCACUUAACAAGGGAGGUGCCUUUGGAAGGGUAUCCUUCACCCCCUCCACCAAAGCUUCCCCAUGUGUUGAUUGUUCCUCUUGCUUCCCUAUAAGAAUGGUGCCCUCUUUUAUACUGGAAGUCCUGGCUGGUGGCUUUAUAGUAACAAAGCCCAGGGCUUCCUCUUAUCUCCCCACCUCGUUGAAGUGUAAAGACAUUGGUUGCCUUUGUUACAUGUUCUCACUUGCUGGGUUUUUUGGUUUGUUUUUUUUAAUUGUUUUAAUUGAAAAAAAAAUAUUUCAAAACUUGAAGUUGGCGCUGCUGCCAUUUCGAUCUCUUUCUAUUUUUGGAAUCUUUGUAUUAACUGCAAUUAAAGAAAUAAAAAAAGAAAGAAAAAGUGUUAA